CAUUUCACUUCGGGAGCGUAGGUUUCGUUGAGCACGGAGCGAACUUGUUUAUUUGACAAAAGUUGAACGUUAAAUGAGGAAACUGCUCGAACAAGAGCUCUUUUUAUGCGCUUGCCAACCCUUGUUUUCUCUCAUCUUAAGAGCAAGAGGGAAUGCGUGGAUGAAAAAGUAGAAAUAGGGACGUUGAGCUCGAAAACGCUCAUUCGUGAUCGUCAAUUUGAAGUGUGAACAUCGUGAACGUACAAUCCUGUGCUCAUCAUGACUGGAAGAGGAAAGGGAGGAAAAGGUCUGGGUAAAGGAGGAGCCAAGCGUCACCGAAAAGUGCUGCGGGAUAACAUCCAGGGCAUUACCAAGCCCGCCAUCCGCCGUUUGGCUCGGCGCGGAGGAGUGAAACGUAUCUCCGGCCUCAUCUACGAGGAAACCCGUGGCGUCCUGAAAGUAUUUCUGGAGAAUGUGAUUCGUGAUGCGGUCACUUACACUGAACACGCCAAGCGUAAGACCGUCACCGCUAUGGAUGUGGUGUAUGCUCUGAAGCGUCAGGGCCGCACUCUGUACGGUUUUGGAGGUUAAAUUUAUCUCUAUAAAACUUCCAUGUGGAGUCUCAAAUCAAACGGUCCUUUUCAGGACCACAAUACAUUACUCAAGAGCUGUGUCUUUCGCAACAUUAAAAUGUUUUAUUUGAGAGAAAAAAUGUCUAUGAUGGCUUCGAAUGGUGUUGUGAGUGUGAUUUUUUAUCUUAUACGUAUGCGUUUGAAGCGUUCGCAAAAGCAACGAUAGAAGCGUUGGUUAAAAUGAAUCAUUUUUCUCUCUUGCAUUUUUUUAUCUAAAUUUUCUUAUAAAAAUAUUUUUUUUUAGAGAAACCUCUCAUCCUUUUGAAGCAAUAAUCGCCGCGUGGAUCAUACCGUUUUUUGCAUCAGCUCUAAUCUGACUUAUACAUGCGCAUCGUUCAUGUAUACUUGGGAUAACUCAUCAAAAGAAGGAAAUCGGAUGAAAAAAACUACACCGUUUACAUAAAGUUUAUGAAUUUAUUAUAACA